AUGGAAAGUGAUUAUGAGAUACGUAUUAAAAAGAAAGAAAAUUUUUUAAAGGGAGAAAAUGUAAUAAAUGAUUAUGAUUUGCUAUAUUUAAAUAAACAUGACAUAUAUAAACAAGAUAUUCAAGAUAAUUUUCUUUUAAGAAAAAAUAUAUCAUCAGAUAUUCAACCAUUUUUAUUAAAGGAUAAUUCUUUUAGCGAAGAUAGUAUUACAAAAAAUUAUAUAAAUGAAUAUGAAAAACAGGAAAAACAUACAUUAAAAAAAGAGGAAAAAAAUGAUUUAUCAUUGGAUAUAUAUAAUAAAACAAAUGACUGUUUAAAUCCAAACAGAAAUAAAGAUAACUUAAUUGAGCCUUUAAAUAUUGAGAGUAACGAUAGAAACAACAUUGCCAAGCAAAAAUUAAAUAAAGAAGAAUUAAAAAAUAAAAAUGAAGAAAAACAAAGGGAAGAAAAACAGAAUGAAGACAAUAGAGGAAGUAGUAAAGAAAAAAUUAAUAACGAUGUAAAUAAGAAUGAUUUUAUUGAAAAAACAUUAAACAGUGAACCAUAUAAAUUUAAUAAUACCAAUAUAAGCGAUAUAAAUAAAUGUUCUGUUUCCAAUAAAUUAAAAUUCUCGAAUGAUAAUGAUAAUGAUAAUAGCAAAUAUCAUAUAUUAUGUAAUUAUUUUAUGAAUGAAAAAAAAGAUAAUAAUAUUUUCAAUAAAAAUGAAGAUUUAUCCUAUGAAAGAAAUGUUGAUUCCCUUUUAGAAAAUAAUAUAAAAUAUACAAAAAUAACCAAAAAUGUAAAUCAUAUUAACAAUCCUAGUAAACAAGAUUAUUAUAUUAACUUAAAUAUUAAGAAUAAAUGUAACUUACUUAAAAAACAAGGUAGUUAUUCUGAUUUUUCAAUGAUGGAUUUAAAGUAUGAUAAGUUUUCAACAAAAAUAAAAAAAAAUGAUAUUUAUGAAGGUGUUAAUGCAAAUUUCUCAAAAAAAAAUGAGGAUUCAUAUGAACAUAAGAAAAUGAAUAAUAACUUUUUGUAUAACAAAAAUAGAAACUUUUCAGAUAGUAUUCCUUUUGUAAAGAAAAAAAGAAAAAUUUUACAAAAUUUUGAUCUAAAAAGUACUGAUAGAAAUUUUUUCUUAAAAAAUGUUUUAAAAAAAAGCAACAGUGAAUGUUUUGAAGGAAACAAUGUAAAUUUAUUAAGUAAAUAUAAUUUAAAUAAUAAUGAUGAAUUAGAUGAUAAUGUAAAAAGUAAGAAUGAAAAUACUGUUAAAAUUAAUAAAUUUAUAAAUAUUGGUAACAAUAGUAACGAUAUUAUUAAUAUGGAAUAUAAUAGCGAUACAUUAAAUGAUUCAUCUAGUUAUAAAAAAAUUAAGAACGAUUUUCUAAAUAAAUAUACUACUACUAAUGAGCAAAAUAAUAAAUGUGCUUUUAAUAAUUUAUAUAUAAAUCAAAAAUCAAUAAAUAAUUUUUUUGAUUUUUCCUUAAACGAGUCCUGUAAUAAUUCAAAUAAAGUAUCCGUUGAUACAUCAUAUAAAAAAAAAGGAAAUAAUUCUAAUAGUUUUGUUUAUUUUGAUCAUUCUAUUAAAAAAGUUAUUGAUAACGAUAUUAUGAACAUAGCAAAAAUGUAUUAUGUAAAAUGUUCCAAUUAUUUUUUGAAAAACGAUGAUAAUUUCAAUGACAUAAGAAUUAAUGAUAAUGAAAAUAAUUUGAAUAAUUGCAAUAAUAAUGAUGAUAAUAAUAAUAAUAAAGAAGAUAAUUAUAACGAUAAUAAUAAAGAAAAUAAUGAUAAUGAUAAUAAUAAUAAUAAAGAAAAUAAUGAUAAAGAAAAUAAUGGUAAUAAUAAUAAUAAUAAAGAAAAUAAUGAUAAAGAAAAUAAUGAUAAUAAUAAUAAUAAAGAAAAUAAUGAUAAAGAAAAUAAUGAUAAUAAUAAUAAUAAAGAAAAUAAUGAUAAAGAAAAUAAUGAUAAUAAUAAUAAUAAAGAAAAUAAUGAUAAAGAAAAUAAUUAUAAUAAUAAUAAUAAUAAAGAAAAUAAUGAUAAUAAUAAUAAUAAAGAAAGUAAUGAUGACAAUAAUGAAAAUAAAAAUUAUAAAAAAUUAUAUAGCAAUAUCAGUAAAGAUAGUGUUAAUUCUGGAGAAUUAAAAAGUAAUAUCUAUAAAUUUUACUUUGAUAAAAUAAAUGAACUUAAAUCAAAUGAAUUCAUAAAAAGACAUAGAAAUUCAGAAAAAUUUAUUAAAAAAAAAAUAUUUAAUUAUAUAAGUAAAAAUAACUUAAUUACUAAUAUAGAUAAUAUGCAUAUAUAUGUAAAAAACAUUUAUUUUGUAAUUAUAAAGAAUGAUAGAGUUUUAUUUUAUUUUAUUUACGACUCAAAUGAUGUAAUGAAUGCUAUCAUAAAUCUUGAAAAAAUGAACAAAGUAAGUUACAAUGAAAAAAGUUUUCUUUUAUAUUUUCUUAUCCACGAAGAGGAUAUGUAUAUAAAAAUUUUUAAUCUCAUAAAUACGAAAGUUGAAAAGGGAGAGUUCUUAUUAAAAUUAAAAAAAUUAAAAAGAAAAAUAAGAGAAUUAAAAAGUAAGGAAGAAAAAAAUAUAUUUAGUAAAAGUAUAGAAGAAUUUUAUAUGAUGAGAAACAAAGAAAGUUUCAAUAGAUCUCCAUAUAAAAAAAAUCAUGAUCAUAGCUAUAAUUUAAUUAAUCAAAAAAAUUCAAUGCUUAAGUUAUCUUUAAAAAACUUGGUUCCUAAAUUAUAUAAUUGUAAUGAUUUAAAUAGAAUGAAUAAUUUAAUUAAAAAUAUGUUUAGAUAUAUGAAAAAAAGUAAUACUAAUAAUAUAGAGAAAAAAGAAAAAAAAAAAGAUAUAUAUAAUCAGAUGGAGAAUAAAAUAGAAAUAAAAAAAAAACCCAUAAGAGGAAUAACAUCUUUUACUCUCUUUGCAAGAGAAAAAAGAAAAGAACUUUUAAAUCAAAAAAUAUUUUUAGGUAGUUCACUAACUGAACAAACAUCAGCAGUAGCUAAAAUAUGGAAUAAUUUAAGUGACGAGAAGAAAAAGGAAUGGGCAUUAAAAGCAUCUAAAAUAAAUGAAGAGAAUUCUUUAUUUCAGAAAAAAAAGAAGAAAAGAAAAUUUACUGCCUUUAGCAUAUUUGCUAGAGAAAAAAGAAAGGAGUAUAAAGAAAAAAAUAUUAAUAUGGGACUGACUCUUGCUCAACAGAAUUCUCAUGUGUCAAAAUUAUGGAAACAAUUAUCUAAUGAAGAAAAAAAUAAAUAUAAAAUUUUAUCUAAUACUAUCAAUGCAACUUUAGCUAAAAAUUAUAAAAAUGAUAUUAAUUUUACUAAUGGAGAAAGGGUAAGUGGUUUUAAAGGAAGAAUUAAAGCUUUAGAUAAUAUGAUUGCACAGCAUCUAACUAAUAACAAUAUUAUAAAUAGCAGUAUGAAUAGCUUACCAAGUUAUGAUAGUACAAAAGCUAAAAAGAAUACCAAUUUAAAAAAAAAAAAAAAUCAAGAAUUUAAUGAAAAUGAAAGAAUUAUGAAAAACUAUAUAGAUAAAAAUAUGAAUUCUGUUUAUAACAAUGUUGAGAAUAAUAAUAUAAAUUUUAUUGGCAAUCAAAAUAUCGUUAAUAUGAAUAAUAAUUAUAUUAAUGAAAAUAAUUCUAAUAAUUCAUUUUAUAAUAAAAAUAAUGUCAAAUGUUUAAAUAAUGAUAAUUAUUUAGAUUAUAUGAAUAAUAAAUUCAAAUGUUUCAAUAUGUCACAAGACAGUAAUAAACCUUUAAGUAUUAAUACAAGUAACUUAUAUGCUCAUGAAAAUAAUAAGACAAAUUUAGAUAAUAAUACUAUAAAUAAUAUAAAUAGCGAUAUGCAAAAUAAUAUUGUAAAUAAAUUUAGUAAUAUAAAUAAAAAUAACAACUUAAUAAAUACUGAUUUAAAUGAUAAUAUUAUAAACGAUUCAAUUUUAUAUAAUAGUAAUAAUAAAACAGAUAACUACUUACUUCAGAAAAGUGAUAAAAGUAUUAAUGAAUACAUAAGUGGAAAUAAUAGGAAUAUAAGUAAUAAUGAAAACAUUAAUUUCAAGAAUGAAGUUUUAAAUAACCUAAGUGUGAAUAUUGAAAAUAGAGACAUAAUAAAACAAAAUGCAAAUAAUAAUAUUGACAUAAUUAAUAGUCAGUCAUUAAAUCAAAAUAUAAUAACAGAUAAUAUGAAUAACAAACAUUUGGAUACGAAAUGUUAUAAUAAUAAUAUAUACAAUAAAAAUAUAAAUCAUGAAAUUAUGAAUAAUGAAAACACAAAUAAUAAUGAAUUAAUUUAUAAUGAAUUUCUAAACUAUAGAUUACACGAAAAACAAAUGAAAAAUGAAUUAUAUAAAAUAAAGAAUAAAGUAAAAAGUGAAGAAAUAUUAAAAAAAAAAUUAAAGAAAGAUGAAAAACAAAAAUUAAAAGAAAAAAAAAUGAUGCUGAAGCUGUAUGACAAAAGAAGAAAACAACUAUUAAAAGCAGAAAAAAUGAUAGAAAAAAAAAAAAAAAAUAAAAGUAAAAAUAAAAAUUUAGUAAAUUUAAAUGAAAACUACAUAUAUUAUUCUGGCUUAACAAACAAUAAUACAAAUAAUAUAAAUGUAAAUCCGUUUGGUGUAUCUAACACAAUGAAUAACACAGUGAUUAAUAAUUAUAACUUUUAUUCAAAUAUAGAUAAAACUGAGAACAGCGUAAGCACUAACAAUAAUAGCAAUAAUAAUAUAAUUAAUUUUAACAAUAAUAGUUUAAGCAAUUUAAAUAAUACUUUAAGUGAUGUACACAAUUUAAAUAAAGUAAGCAAUAAUCACUUUUCAUCUUUUAAUUAUUUGAAUAAUUUUGCAAUGGAUAUGAAUAAUAGUAAAGAUUAUAAACUAGGUAACACCGAUAAUGAGAAUAUGAAUAAGGUUAUAAAUAAUUUUGAAAGUAUAAAUCAUAAUGAUAAAGUAAUAAACAAUGAUUCCUAUAAUGAAAACAUACAUAAUAGCAUUAGUAGAAAAACAAAUAAAAACAAAUUAAAUAAUUUAGAUAAUUUGUGUAAUACGAAUAAUUUAAAUAAUGAAAAAGAAAAUUUGAAAAAAGUUACUAACAAUUUAAAUUAUCUAAAUAAUGAAAAUUAUUAUCAUAACAGUUACAAUGAAUAUAAUUAUAACAUCAAUUAUUAUAAUGGAGUGAGAAAUAUUUCUCCUAUACAUAAUAACAACAGUUAUGAUAAACUCCUUAAUUCAAGUAAUAUAAUGAACAUAGAUGAAAAAUUAAGCAAAGAAAAAAAGGUAGAAUUGAAUAAUAUAAACAACUAUAACAAAAUUAUCACUCCUCACGAGAUAGAUUAUAAAGAAAAUGGGCAAAUUUAUAAUAAUAAUAGCGAAAUGAAUUAUACUCAAAACGAAAUAAAUUUCAACUAUUAUGAUAAGAAUAUGAAUAAAUACUUUUAUAAUAACUCAAUUAAUUAUAAUAUAUAUAAUCCCGUUGUCAAUAACUACAGUAAUAAUAGCAUCACAAAUGAUAUUAACAAUUAUAAAGAAAAAAAAAAAUUCAAUAUGUAUUCAAAUAAAUUUAAAAAUGAAACAGAGCAUAAUUUAAAUUCUAAUGAAAAUUCCAAUUACGAUGAAAAAAUUAAUUUGAAUUCCGAAAGUUAUGGAAAUAAUAUAAAUCAUAAUACUUAUAAUGAUUUAAAUAAUUAUGUAAAUAAACAAACAAAUAUAAACUUAAUUAACCUUAAGAGUGUUGAUGAAAAAAUGAAAAAUUUAAAAAGUGACAAUAAAUUAAACAAUCAUGGGACUUCAGAAAAUUCUGUUUAUAUAAAUGAUAAAAAUGAAAAUAAAAAAAAAGUGGAUGCCGAAUUAAAUAAGAGUACCUUUACAUAUGUAGAUAAAAAAAAUUUAUUAUUAAAUAAAAAAAAAGAUGAAUUUUCAAUUAAUAAUGAGAGCUCAAAUAAUAAUUAUAUUCAAAAUAAUUUUAAUUCAAUUAAUAAGGCAUCUCCUUUUUAUAAUUCAGAUAAAAUAUAUAAAGAGAAUGAAAAUUUAAAUAACUUUUAUGAUUUAAAUAAUUGUAGUUCACGAAAUAAUGAAAAUUUAUAUUGUUAUAGUAAUGGUGAAGUAAUUAAUAAAGACGAAAUAAAUAUGAAAAGUUUUAAUGAUUAUCAUAACAGUACUAAAAAGAAUAAAAAUUUAAAAAAUAAUGAUAUUUUUAAUUUAACAAAAGAGGAGAUUAAUAAAAAUAAUAUUUGUGAAAACAUAAAUCAAAAUACUGAAAUAGAAAAAAAUCACCAUAUUGAUAAAAAUUACUACAAUGAGAAAAAUAUUAAACUAUUUUUAAAAAAUAAUUCUAUUAAUAAUGAUAUUUCAAAUAAUACUUCUGACAAAAAUGUAUUCAAAACUAGUGAAAAUAAAGAAUUUAAUGACUAUUAUUUUAAUGAAAAUAUAAGAAAUAAAAGUAAAUUAAAUAAUGAUUUUUAUGAUAGAACAUUAGAUAAUAAUUUUAAUUGUGACACUUUAAAUAAUACACAUCAUGUCAAUUUAAAUAGUACAUUGGAUAGUAAUUUAAAUAACACAUUAAAUAAUAAUAUAAAUAAUACAUCUAAUAAUUUAAAUGAUACAAUAAAUAAUGAUUUAAACAGUAAUAUUAACUUUAACAGCCAUAAUUAUAUAAAUAACAAUAAUAAUGACAAUAAAAAUAAUAACACAAAUUAUUGUCUUUAUAAUAAUGCAAAUGUGGAAAAAUAUAAAGAUACCAAUAAAACAUAUAAUAUAGUAAAUAAUAUUAGUUCUUCAUAUAAUAUUAUUAAAAAGAAUAAUACUGAUAAUUUAAUGCAUAAAAUAAAUAAAGAUACUAAUAAUGAAAUGAAUUCAAAUAACUUGAUAGACAAUUAUUCAUUUUACAAUACCCAUAACCCUUUUAAUAAUAAGAACACUCUUAUUUCAAAUAUAAAUACAGAAUCUAUAAGUAAACAAUACUUUUUUGAUAAUUCAAAUAAUAACAAUAAUAAUAAUAAUAAUAAUUGCAGUGGAAAAAUGAAUGACUCAAAUAUGUAUAACAAUGCAAAUAUGAAUUGUUUAAAUAAUUCAAAUAAUUUAAUUUAUUAUCCACAGCAGAUAUUUUCUGAAAAUAAAAUAAAUGAUAACCUUGUAUAUUAUAAUUCGAAUUUAGGUAAACUUCAAAAGACUUUCGAAGAUACAGAAAUAGUUCCAGUAAAAGAAAAGAAAUUUUUUAAUAGUGAAUCUCAUUUUUCAGAAUUAAUAAAUAAAAAAAUAAAAAAAAAAAAUAAAAAAACUCCCUGUACUAGUACUUUUAAUGAAAAAAAUUGUACCAUAUGGGAUCUCGUAUUAAAGAACAACAAAAAAAUAAACAAAAAAAGAAUUAAAAAGAGCAAAAACGUUGAAUAUAGUUGUAAUAAUUUAAACGAAAUACCAGAAGGAAAUGAAACUAAUGAUAUAAAUUUGAUGAUUUUAAAUAACGAAGAGAACUUAAACAUAGAAAAUAAUAAUAAUACAGUUGGGGAGAAUGGAGAAAACUGUAUUAAUAAUAUUACGAUUAGCAUAAAUGAAGAAAAAAAAAACUUAAUUAGUGGACAAGUGAAUGAAGUAGAAGAAGAAAAUGAUAAAACUAAUUUAGAUAAUGUAAGUGAAGAUAAUAAUUGCGAUGAUUUUUUAAACUUAUUGAAUGUAUGUUCAUCUAAUUUCUCUAACAAGUUAAACAUAAAUGAAAAUGGAGAUGUUAUAUAUGAUGAUAAAAGGAAGCAUACAACAAAUUUAAUGAAUGAAAAUUCAAAUAAUGACAAUUUAAAUUUAUUAAUGCAAAAAAAAAAUGAAAUUAAUCAAAAUUUGAAUAAAUGCCAAAUAGAAAAAUAUAAAAAUGCUUAUAAAAAAACUAAAUUAUGCAAAUGGAACAAUGAAGAAACUAAUAAAUUUUAUCAAGCAAUUGAAAUGUUUGGUGUAGAUUUAAUGAUGGUAAGGGCAUUAAUACCAAAGUUUUCAGACAAGCAAAUUCGUGAUAAAUAUAAAAGAGAAAAAAAAAUAAAUCCUCGUAAAAUUGAAGAAGCAAUAAAAAAAAAUAAAGAAAUCAAUUUGGAUGCAUAUGAAAAUGAACAUGGGAAAAUUGAUAACUCAACACAUUAUAAAUAUUAUCAAUCAUCAAGUGAUAAUGAUAAUAAUAGUAAGAAAAGAACAUCCAUUUUAAGUGAAUCAGAAACAAAUAUCUUAAACAUUUUUGAUAAUAAAGCAAAUAUUGAUACUGAUGAUUAUUCAUGUAAUUAUGAAAAUUCUGAUUUUAAUAUUUUAACCUUGUUUUAA